CACUCAAGCCUGUGAUUUUACAGUACUGUUUGUAACGUUAAGUGCAAACAUCCGUUUUCACGAUGGGUUCAAAAAUGGCUGAAGAAAAAGAGAAAAUUACCGACCAGUCAAGCAAUGUGGAAUUUAAAUUUCAGUUUCAUUCGAUGCCGGAUACGAAAAUUCCUCCAUUUACCGAACAUUUCCGUUUUCCCGGAGGCUUGGCCCGAUGCGAACCCGGAGGUUUCGUACUCACUGAGGAAUUUGGCCGACACGCACACGAAAUUGUUAAUUUCAAGCCAAGGAAAGACGACGUGUGGGUAGUUACCUUCCCCAAAUGUGGAACAACUUGGACCCAGGAAAUGGUGUGGAUGUUGUUAAACGAUUGCAAUACAGAGCUCGCCAAAACGACGCCACUUACCAUUCGGGCUCCUUUUCUCGAGUCAAGUCAUUUCGAGAAAAUGGAAUCUGCACCGCCAGGAUUAGCUGACUUAAUGCCAUCGUUGGACGUCAUCGAUAAAAUGCCUUCCCCUCGCGUCAUAAAAAGCCAUUUGCCUUUCUAUUUGCUUCCACCCAAUUUGCUCGACACAUGCAAGGUGGUGUAUGUUGCUCGAAACCCGAAGGACGUCAUGGUUUCGUAUUACCAUCACCACAAGCUGCUGAAAAUGCCAAGUUACAGCGGUGAUUUUGAAACCUUUGUCAACUACUUCAUGAAUGAUCAUUUGGUAUUUUUGCCCUACUUCCCACACAUUUUAGAUGCUUGGGCAAAGCGAAUUCAUCCAAAUUUGCUUUUCCUGUUCUAUGAGGAUAUGAAAAAGGAUCUACGUGGGGAAGUUGAAAAAGUGGCACAAUUUCUGGAUAAGCCACUUAGCGAAGCUAAAAUAACUCUACUUUUGGAACAUCUGAAAUUUGAUAACUUAUCCAAGAACGAGUCUGUCAAUUUUAAACCGGCAAAAGAUUUGGGUUAUAUGAAUGACGAUGGUUCCUUUAUCCGAAAAGGUAAAACAGGAGAUUGGAAGAAUCAUUUGAGUCCAGAGUUAAAUCGUCGCGUUGAAGCAUGGAUAGAAGCAAAUUUGGCCGACACUGAUUUAAGAUUCGUCAUGGAACUGGAACAGCAAGAUUAAAUUUUCAUGAAAUAAAAUUUCUGUGAUUUCAACGUUCUACGUAAGAUGUCACGCA